AGAAUUAACAACAACAAUAACAUACAAACAAAACAAAUAAAAUAGUGUGGAAUUCAAGUACCAUAGACGCAAUUAAAAUUCUAACAUUGUGGAAACAACACACACACGAGUGGGGGUCUAAUUACAAAAUUGAAAAAAUAAAAAUUAAGCUUUGUAAAUGAAUAAUAAUAAUAGUAUUAUUUUAUAAAAGUCAUAGUGAACAAACAGUUUACAAAUCAACCCGGUUAUUAAACCACUUCUAUGCAGUUAUACCAUUUUCAUAUUUUAUGAUUAACUUUUAAAAGAACAUUGUGAAAUUAUUUAGAAUACUGACAUUAGGAAAAUCGAAAAAAAAAUUGUAUUCAUACUCGUGAGAGCAUAAAUAAGUACAUACACAUAAGAAUAGUUGAAAACAAAAUAUUACAUUAAAAUAAAUAAUUAAAGAAAUAACAACAAAAUACAAAAAAAAAAAAUAAAGAUCUUCUGAACAGCAGCAGCAAUGACAUUGGCAACAGAGCAGUCAAAUAUUUGUCAAACUACUAUGGACGUAGAGUAUCAAUUUCUUUUAUUUUCAUUGCAUUAAGGACUACAAGCCCAAAGGUUUUUGGAUAUUUAAAUGGUUAUACAAUUGGACUGCUAGUUCGCCCGCCAUGUUACGAGCCGUAGAAAAGAAAAUUCUCUCAUUUUUGAAAACACCCUAUCGUGGUUUCUUUGUUGAUAUUGGACCAGCCAUUGGAGAGUCGGACAAAAUAUGGACGGUUAGCUUUAAUACAGAUUCGAAAGAAGUACCUUUGGUAAUGCUGCAUGGCCUGGGUGCAGGCGUUGCAUUGUGGGUAAUGAAUUUUGAUGCCUUGGCAAAAGAUCGUCCAGUGUUUGCCAUUGAUAUAUUGGGUUUUGGCAGAAGUUCGAGACCCAAGUUUUCCAAUGAUGCUUUGACCUGUGAAAAGCAAUUUGUUAAGUCGGUAGAAGAAUGGAGACGUGAAAUGAAUAUAAGCAAUAUGAUUCUGUUGGGUCAUUCGAUGGGUGGUUUUAUAGCCUCCAGUUAUGCUCUAACAUACCCAGAUAGAGUUAAGCACUUGAUACUGGCCGAUCCUUGGGGAUUUCCAGAAAAACCCUCCGAAGCAUUGACCAGCAAGCAAAUACCAUUUUGGGUAAGAGCUAUAGCAUACGCACUCACACCUCUUAAUCCGUUAUGGGCUUUAAGAGCAGCUGGACCUUUUGGUCAAUGGGUGGUACAAAAAACCAGACCAGAUAUAAUGCGUAAAUUUGCCCCUACAAUAGAGGAUGAUAUACAGUUGUUGCCUCAGUACAUUCACCAAUGUAAUGCUCAAGAUCCCACCGGCGAAUCGGCCUUCCACAGCAUGAUGGAGAGUUUCGGUUGGGCCAAAAACCCUAUGAUUCAUCGCAUCAAAGAUGUGCGUCAAGAUAUACCCAUCACCUUUAUAUACGGCAGUCGUUCUUGGAUUGAUUCAUCUUCGGGGGAGAAAAUUAAAUCAGUGCGUGGCAAUUCUAUGGUUGAAAUAAAAACUGUUACUGGCGCCGGUCAUCAUGUUUAUGCCGAUAAACCGGAGGUAUUCAAUCGUUAUGUUAAUGAAACCUGUGAUUUGUACAAAAGAAAACCACAGCCUCCUCUAAUACGUGAUGCUACUGAAUCGGAUGAAGAACAUGAUGUUUCCUUACCGCCAUCCUCAGCCAGAGCACAGCGAAUAGAAGAAUCAGCUGAGCCAGAAUCUGAAGCAUCUUCUGCUGACACACGAAAAUAACUUAUCAUAAUUUAAACUUAAAUCAAAUUUGUUAUUAUAUUUUCAUAUUAAAAAAAAGAGUUAUUCAAAGUAUAAAUAUACAUAUAUAAAUAACUGAUGUAUUAUUUUUUAGAAUAGUUACAUAUUCAUUAAUUCUAUGUAGUAUUAAUCUAAUGAUUAGUUUAUUUUCUGCAAAAUCAAAUAUGAUAUGUAUUUAAAUACAUCGUCUGAACGAUAUUGAUUGAUAUAUAUACAUAUAUAGCUAAUAUAAAUGUUAGUACUUUUGUUAAUUUAUAAAAUUUUGUAAAUCAAAAAUACCAUUUCAAUAAAAUAAAAAUAAAGAUUUUUUAAUUUCUUUGAAAAUUUAUUAAUAAA